AUGAUGUCGCGAAGUCAGUCGAGUCUGGGGUAUAUGGAUUCAGGGCGAGAGGAUUCUGCGCCGGGAGCCUCUCCGUCCUUGAACCAGCAGUCUGCCUCUGGGCCUAUCAAUCUAUCUGGUCUGGUAUGCAACGUGCGGCGAACGUCCGGAAAGGAACCCCGUCCUCUCGUCGGUGCCACUACAACCAUACUGGGCGAUAAGCUAUACGUGUUUGGAGGCCGGGUCCUCUCGCGCAGCCGCCCUCAACUCACCUCCGACCUUUACGAAUUGGAUUUGAUUCGGCGACAUUGGACGAAGGUCGAGCCCGCUGGAGAUGUUCCACCGCCGCGGUACUUCCACAGUGUGUGCGCUUUGGGGGAUAACAAGUUGGUCUGUUAUGGAGGCAUGUCACCCGCCCCAACUACGCCAAAGGACCCCGAGAACCCCGCGGAACCGCAAUCACAGUCACAAUCGGAAGUCGUGGUUAUGUCGGAUAUUCACAUCUUCGAUGUACCAUCGAGGGCAUGGACGCGUGUUGCUGCUCAUGAAUCUCCUCAGGGGCGCUAUGCACACUGUGCUACGAUCUUACCGUCGAGUGCUUGCUUCACAUCUGCCAGUGCACCACUAUCCGCCAUUCACAAUAAUCCUGAAUCCUCCAGUCAUCAAGGGACCCUCGGCGUGGAUAUUGACGGCUUUGGAGGUGCGGAGAUGGUGGUGGUCGGAGGCCAGGAUAGCUCCAACCAUUACAUCGAACAAAUUAGUGUCUUCAACCUUCGGAGCCUCAAGUGGACCAACACUAGCCCCCUGGGAAGGAGCUGCGGCGCUUAUCGCAGUGUCGUAGCUCCUCUGGUGGGAAUGAAUGUGUCUGAAAUUGGAUCCUCAGCUCCAGACCGCGAUCAACACGAGCCCAUUCAAGAUAGCACGGAAUCGCCAGGUUGCCCCAUGCUGAUAUACUCCAACUACAAUUUCCUUGACGUCAAACUGGAGCUGCAGGUGCGCCUGCCGGACGGACGCCUUGUCGAACGACCUAUGCAGAGCCAAGCGUCACCUCCGGGACUGCGUUUCCCAAACGGUGGCAUUAUUAAUGGCCACUUCGUUGUUAGUGGUACCUACUUGACCUCAUCAAAGCAAGAAUAUGCGCUGUGGGCUCUCGACCUAAAGACAUUGACUUGGGGCCGUAUUGAUGCCGGAGGAUCGGUAUUUGGACAGGGUAGUUGGAACCGAGGAGUGCUUUGGCCUCGGCGUAAUUCUUUUGUGAUUCUUGGACACAGGAAGCGAAGCCUUGUCGAUGAUUACAACCACCGUCGAAUCAACUUUUCGCACGUUUGCCUGGUCGAGCUGGAGGCAUUUGGACUCUACAACAAUUCUUGCCGCACUUCUCCAACCUCAGGAUACAAGUCUUAUAGCUCCUCUUCCGUUCCAGCAUCUUUGCAGAAGAAACUAGUGCAGUUGACAUCAGGUGGACGACCACUGUCUGCCGCAUCCGAUGAGCUGUCGGGGGGAGAACGUAUCUCUGUCAACUCCCGCGUCUUGACUCGGCGCUGGGGUCCUUACUUUAUCCAACUCCUCCGCGAGUCCUCGGACGGAGGUAUUGCAGACAUCGCAACUCUUCGUCCAGCCCAGAUACACCCAAGCCGCAACUCGAGUAUUACCAUCACUCCUUCGAUAGGCUCCGAUGCAACGACUCUUGUCAAUCAGUCUGUGCCUUCGAAGUCUCUGCUUGAGAAUCUCGAAAUUCCAUCUGCUCACAGCCUCGCCCCAACCUCCCGACCGCGUGUGCUCUACCUCCCCCAUACCAUUUUGACUCUUCAAGUGCUAGUUCAAUACCUCUACACCUCAGCCCUUCCAUCCGCAGGCACCUCGCUUUGCACACCACAAAUCCUCUGCUCGCUUCUACAGCUUGCACGCCCGUACCAGAUCGACGGACUACUAGAAGCCACCGUCGAAAGACUCCAUCAAGUUCUCGAUGGGCGCAACGCCGCAGCUGUAUUCAACGCAGCUGCCAUGGCCGCCGGAGGUGGUCGUGGUACUGGAUUCAAUGGCGGACCAGGAGGUACACUGGAGGCUCUGAACGGAGCUUAUAUUGGCCACAACGGCACUGCGCCCACAGUUGGCGAGAACGGCAACUCCCAACAUGGUGCACUCACAUCAGGCUCGUCCGACACAGAGCACGGUGCUGCCUCCGCAUCAGCAGCGAGCAGCACGGGCGAUCUGACCAACUUCGCUCGAGGUAUUCCAUCUCUCCGCAUCGACACCAGUGUCUCCCAGAAUUCCCGCCAGCGCAGCGCCCGCCGCGACCGUGAAGAUUCCAUUAGCAAUCCGAGCACAGCGACAUCCGCAUCCAGCGCUAGUUUCAGCCAGUCCGACUCCGAAUGGGUCAGCGGGGAUGAAAGCCGCUCGCAGUCCCGGUCUACCCAUCACCGCCGUGACACAGACGCCGAGUUGCGUCGCCCCCAACGUGAGCUUUGGACCGGUGAUCUAAGCAGCGUUAUCGGUCUCCAGAAACGCGGCUUGCGUGGUCUCAUGGAGGGCCGUCGCAUGCGUGAACGUAGUUCGAAGCCCGCUAGCACUGGCAGUAACUCGAUAUCCAUGCCGCAGUCAGCUGGCUCAGGCGAUCAACACAUUCCUUUCCAGGGUGUUGCCAGUUGA